UGAGUGUGUGCGGGCUCCUGGAGCGCUUCCGUGCUGCGGUCUGUGCACGUCUGCUUCUCUUCUGCUUCCUUAUCACUCAUCAGGCUUGCAUAACCAGGCUGGUCCUGCUUCCUGCAGAGGAGCUAUCAGUGUACCAUCUGGAGCUGCAAAUGGGGUGACAGGGUGUUAGCGGCCUGUUCACCCCCAGGCGCUUCCCAGCACCCAGCCCCUGUCUCCAGGGAUCCUGGGGCUGACACCCCUGCACUGAGCCCUGCUCCCGGGGGCGCUGUCCUCUGCAGGGCACCUGGGGACAGGCGUGUGACAGACAGCAUGUGGGAGGUGUUGGCUGUCGCAUGGACACCCCGCUGCCAUCCUCCUCCACUUUCCUGGGGCAGAGCACCAGGAUGGGAGCAGCUAGUGGUGUGACCCUGGGGUCCGCUCCCUUGUCAGUGAUCAGGGACUGUCCCCCACCUCAUGUGGCUCUGGUGGGAAUUCGCGUGGGUGACGCGCCUCACACAGUCGGCCCAGGUGUGGGACCAGGGGGUCCAGCAGAGCUUCCCUGUGGUGGUUGUCCGCGACCCCAUUCCCCCAACCGUGCCUCCCCUGCGGGAGGGGACCUGGGCCCAGAGAGGCGCCCGCUGGGCAGACCUGGACACGUGGCUGAGUCAGAGUCCAGUGACGCCGGGAGGCCUGAGCUGGAGGUCCUUGCCGGUGCUGCUUGGACAGCCGUGCUCAGCCUCCUUCACGGGACAGGGUGAGGGUGUAGGUGGUGAACCACUCGGAGUGCCCUUCACGGGAGCACCCACUGGGGCACUCCACACACAGCCCCUCAGCCCAGCCUCUUCCAGGUUGGACAUUGCAGAGCGAGGUCCUGAUGCGAGAGGUGGGCACCUGGCUCCUGACCUGCACCUGCAUCUGCGCCUGGGUCGGCUUGGGCGUCUCUGUCCCAGGGGACAGAGGAGGGCCUGGGACUUUCACGUGCCACACCAACAACAUCCUCAGGAUUGACUGCCACUGGUCUGCCCCAGAGCUGGGCCAGGGGGCCGGCCCCUGGCUGCUCUUCACCAGCAACCACGCUCCAGGCAGCAAGCACAGGUGCGUCUUCCGGGCCAGCGUGUGCACAGUGGAGCUGCCACCCGAGGAGGUGCUCGUGCCUUCUGACAACUUCACCAUCACCUUCCACCGUCACGUCUCUGGGAAGGAGCAGGUCAGCCUGGUGGAUCCACAGUACCUGCCCCGGAGACAUGUGAAGCUGGACCCUCCCUCAGACUUGCUGAGCAACAUCACUUCUAACCACUGUGUCCUGACCUGGAGCAUCAAUCCUGCCUUGGAGCCGCUGGCCUCACUCCUCAGCUACGAGCUGGCCUUCAAGAGGCAGGAGGAGACCUGGGAGCGGGCUCGGCACAAGGAUCACAUUGUUGGGGUGACCUGGCUGAAACUUGAAGCCACUGAAUUGGACCCUGGUUCCACCUAUGAGGCCCGGCUGCGUGUCCAGAUGGCCACACCAGAGGAUGCGGUGGCGGAGGAGGAGCGCUAUGAGGGCCCAUGGAGUGACUGGAGCCAGCCCACCCGCUUCCACUCCCCCCAGAGACAAGGUCUCCUGGUCCCAGCUUUGGGGCAGCGCGACAGCACCCUGGUCUCUGUGUCCAUCUUUCUCCUGCUGACCAGCCUGACCUACCUGCUGUUCAAGCUGUCACCCAGGAUGAAGACAGCCUUGUACCAGGACGUGCCGUCCCCAGGCCCGUUCUUCCAGUCCCUGUACAGUGUGCACAACGGGGACUUUCAGACCUGGAUAGGGGCCCACAGAGCUGGUCCAGAGCCAAGCCCGGACUGCACAGGCCCCGCACGAGGAGCCUGGGAGACCCGUGUCCGGGAGGCCAUCGCUUUGCUCACCUAUGACCCGGUGGACGUGGGGCCGUUAGCGGGCCUGGAGGAGGAGGGGAGCACUGGCACCGGCCUCCCAGCAGAUGCGCUGCCCGCGGGAUGUGUGGAGGAGGGGGGGCCGCUGCCCGCCUACCUGCCACAGGAGGCCUGGGCCCCCGCAGGCCCUACCAGGCUGGCUCCCCCGCAGUCCCAGGGCAGCAGCAGCGACUACUGUGCCCUGGGCUGCUCCAGGUGGGGCUGCCCCUCCACCUUCACAGGAAGCGCGCAGAGCUCUGAGCCCGACGCUGCCUUGGCCUGUGGCCCUUUCUGUGACCAGCAGAGCCUGGAUGCCCGGCCAGGAGGUAACUGUGCAGGCGUUGGUCACAGUCAGAGGCAGGACGCUGGUGGAUGGGCCGCAUGAGGCUCUCCUGCUCUCGGCAGACCGUGGGCUCCGUCCCCACAGUGCUGCAGCACGUCCAUCCUGGGGAACAUGAAGCAAAGUCCCUGGAGCCAACACUUGACUGGCACUGGACCUGCGGAAGGCCACCCAUGCAGCGGUCACAUGUCCGGUCCGGGUGGAGGCAGGAGGCUCUCCCCUCCUCCCCUCCCUCUGCAUCUGUCGGGAGGGGGCUCUGCCCUCAGCAUCCUGCCAUCCUGGCCCCCUGUCCACCACUUCCCUACCCGCUUCCUGGCUUAACCCCAGGGCCCACAGCCAGUUCUGCCCUCAGUCCCUUAAAGGGCCAGCCUGGGCCCCGUGGACCCAGGUGAGACACCGUGACCAGGCCUAGUGUCCUGUUUCUGUGCCUUCCUGAGGUCUCUCCCCUACUGAGAUUAAAAGGGACAUAGCAGCUGUUUCAAACUGCUGUUGGCUGGGAGAGGGGCCCAGAUGACAUAGGAAGGGUGGCGUCUGGCUAUUCCUGGGCUUUCUGGGCUCCACGAAUAGCAGGGGGAGGCUCAGCGACCAGCUCCAGGGAGGCCGCCUCCCCGCCCCUCCUUGUCGGACCCCGGGGCUGAGUGCUGUGGCCAGAGUAACCACCCAGCAGUGGUCUUGGCCUCUGAAGGGCCCUGCUUCUACCCCCACCCCCGUGGUCUGGAGAGAGGGGGACAGAGCAGAGGGCGCCUGUGUCCGUCCCUUAGGGCUGCCAUAACGAAGUCCCACAAACUAGGUGGCUUAGAAGGCACCAGGGAGGAUCUGAUUCAGGGUUCCCUGCACCUCUGGUAGUUUCUGGCUUGGGACAGCGCAGCUCCAGUCCUCACAAGGUGUUUUCCCUCUGUGUGUUCCUGUCCAAAGCCCCUCUUUUUAUACCAAUGUAAUCAUAGUGGAUUAGGGCCAACCUGAAUAACUUUAUUUUGGCUGGAUUAUCUGUAAAGACCCUAUUUCCAUAUAUGGUCAUGUUCACAUGUACUGGGGGUUAGGACUUCAACAUAUGAAUUUCUGGGCAGUGCCCCUGCCAGCCAUGUCCACCUCUCUGCUGGCCUGAGGCGCCAUGGUCCCUCCCAGGGCAGCCCCGUCACUCUUACUCGGGGCCUCAGGCAGGAGACCCUAUCCCGCCGCCGGGCUGCGGGACUUGGGUCUGGUGCUGGGAUCCUCCACCCAGUGAGGGCUGGACCAAGACUGUCCUGGCGUUGGAGGUGCUGAAGUACUGAAUGUGGGAUAGAUGGAGGUUUGUCUCCCUGGGUGCUGAACCAGAGGGGGCACCUCUCUGGGGGUCCAGGGUCCCCUGCAGCCUGAGCAGAGAGGAGCACAUGCAGCCCCAGGCCCCCGAAGGCAAAGGUCCCCUCUGUGUGCCUGUGGAGCCCUGAGGUUUUGCGGGGGCCGCAGCAGAGCCAGAUCCUGGUCAGCAGGGAUGAAGACGACCCCGCAUGUAUCUUCAGUAUCCAGAGAGCGGAGGGGUGUAGAUGGAAAUGAGGCACAGGCGCCAUCCGCUCUAACCAAGGGUAAAAAUACCAGCGUGACUCCACUUCCUGGAGCCUGUGUAUAUGACAGCAGCUGCAUGGCUCCUGUGGCUUCACGUGGACUUGGGCCCCCAUGGGAUUCCACACCCGGGGACAGUGUUCGUUUGACUAACACACUCGGUCCUGGUGGCGCCUGAGUGAGGAGCUACUCAGAGGCCGGUGGUUGUAGGUGAGCCGCGCCCGCCCCUCAGGACACAGGCCUGGCAGUACCUGAGCCAGGUGCCUGCAUGUCGUGGGGCUCAGAAAAUGCUAAUUUCCACUUAUCCGACGAGACGACCCUUGGAAACUGCACGCUGAGAUCGCAACGUUUGAAAGACCCCGUGAGCCCUGGUGAGGGGUCGCUGAUCCCCAGGUAUCUAGGAAGGAGUCAGAGAAGGUGGCCUGGGACUCGAUGAGGAAGCUGCUGGUGGAGGAGCUGAGUGCACGGUGUGGCUGGAGCACAAAGGUCCAAAAUGUAGCUGGACCGGGGAAGACCUUGGAGGCCAGGCCAGGGCAGGGUGAGGGGAGCAAACUCACCCUGCUCAGGGGAGGCUGCGGGACGCUUUCUCUUUCUUUGGCUUUUGAUGAGGUGAAGUUUACAUAGUACGAAAGUAACCAUUUUAAAGUGUACAAUUCAGUGACAUUUAGUACGUCUGUAAUAUUUGCAACUAUCACCUCUAUCUAGUUCCAAAACAUUUUCACCCUCCAAAGGGAAAUCCCCUGCCCCUUAAGCGGUCACUCUCCUCCCCACCCUCCCUCUGACCUCUCGCCACUACGAGUCCACUUUCUGUCUCUGGAUUUACCUACUGUGGAUAUUUCAUAUAAAUGGAGUCAUAUAAUGCAUGGCCUUUCGUGUUCAUUUUUUUCUCCUAGCAUAGUGUUUUUUUUUUAAAUAAAUUUAUUUAUUUUAUUUAUUUAUUAUUUUUGGCUGUGUUGGGUCUUCGUUGCUGCACGCGAGCUUUCUCUAGUUGCGGCAAGCGGGGGCUACUCUUUGUUGCUGCACGCUAUCGUAAUUUUUUUUUUUUCAUUUCGAAUUCCAAUUUGUCCCCUACAUCAUUGCUGAUUGCCUUAGUCCAUCUGGGCUGCUAUCACAAACUACCACAGACGGGGUGGCUCAUAAGCAAUAGCAAUUUAUGUUUUCCAGUUCUGGAGGCCGAAAGUCUGAGAUCAGCUGCCAGCCUGGUAGGGUGAGGGCUCGCUUUCUGGUGGCAGACUUCUCCUUGUAUCUCACAUGGAGGAAAGAGGCUAGGGUCUCCUUUACAAGGGCACUAAUCCCAUUCCUGAGUAUUCCACCCUCAUGACCUAAUCACCUCCCAAAGGCUGCCCCUCCUACCACGAUCACAUGGAUGUUAGGAUUCCCACCUGUGGAUUUUGGGGGAACACAAACAUUCCAACCAUAGCACUGUGAUAUAGAAAAUCAGUUGACUUUGGUUGACCUUCUACUUUGCUUUUCCUUACCUGUAUAUUUUCUGAUCAAGGCACAGGACUGGUGGGCUCUACUUCACUUGGAAUUUCUAAAUUACGGCAUUGAAUAAUCAGAACACUGAAUUUCAGAGAUUCACCAGGACUGUUGGAGGGGAUGAACUGGCCACUGCUAAACUGUGAGUGGGGCGUGUUGGGCGCUGCAUCCCGGAGGACACAGCUGGGAUCGUGUUGGCAGCCCUGAGUUCGCAGUGGGGAUGUGUGGUGUCCUCCCAGGGAUGUUAGUCUUCUACGCUUGUCUCUUGGACUCUGCCACAUGGUGUAUCUCUGUUUCUCCUGGAGUAUUUCAGCAGGACUUAUUUCAUAAAAGCAUCCCUGCAUGAAGGCUUUGGGCACUCUUACUCAUGGCACCCUGUGGUUCUUAAAGAUUCAGGGCGUUACGGAGAGAAGUCCCUGCAGAGAAAGAGGAGAAACUCUUGGGCCAUGGGGAUGGCAGUCCUGCGUCCACCUGAGGGCCAGAUGCCCCUGUAUUCUUGCCCUCAAGAGUGUUAUAAUGGUCCUUUUUUGUUACAGUGUUAACACAGUUGAAAAAAUAAAUUGACAUGCUGAAAAGUAGGUGUAUUAAAACUCGCAGCAUUAUUUAAGUUUAAAUUUAACAUUUAGACCCAAACCAGAAUUUAUUAAAAAUGUACUUUUCUGGGGACAUCCCUGGUGGUCCAGCAGUUAAGACUCCACACUCCCAAUG